AUGGAUAUCCAGAGGAAUUCGGGAGAGCUGACGGACGCGGACGUGCUGGCGGUACUUGCGGCAAUCUUUGACCUUACCGUCAUCUCGCUGCUGAUCAUCACUUUCUGGGUGCUCGGUGGACUGUUGGUCGUGGAAUAUAAAAGGUAUCGCCAGCGGCGGACCAGAAAGUCGAAGGCCGUUGCCAUUAUGAAUGCGAAGAAACCCACUCCCGCGACGGCUACAUCCACUGCUGCUGUGGAAAUUCCCCCGAAUGAGGUUGAUUCCCCCGACCUCGACCAGGAUUGGGUUCCCGUUGAAGAACAUCAGAAUUUAACUACUGCCGUGGAUGAAUCGUCCCCAACUCAGCACUCGGGAAGCAAGGCUCUUAACGAAAUGGCUACGCAGUCGCAGGCCAGCGUAUCGCAGAAUAUGUUCAGUCUUCAGAAAUCGCAGGCUGACUCGCUCGAUUUGAUGCCGACUCAAGAACCAUCCUCAAAGAAAAGAGCUGCAUCCAAUAAAACAAAGGCUAAGCACCAGCAGGAGAAGUCCGGUUACUACGACGCCACCUUCAUCCCGGGAUUCACGUCGGCUCGUUUG